AGAUAGAUUGAGAAGAAGAAAAAGACUGUUGUUUAAAUUUUUCAAUUGAAUUGGUUCCAUUAAAUCAUUGACAAUUGAAUAAAAUACUGUUAGUUAAUUUAAACAAAAUUAAUUAUCAAUGAAUAGAACCGUAACAACACCACGACAAACAGCAACAGCGCCAACAUCCACUACACCAAAAGAACCGGAAUUAUUUGAUUUACCGAAUAAUUUAAAAAUAUGGGCAAUCAAUAUGUUUCAUGUGACAGCAACGAAAGAUCAGAAAAAAUAUGAUCCAGUAGAAUUAGGUUUACGUUUUAUUUGGGAUGAUAUACAAGUUAAUCAUGAGAAACCGGAAUAUUUUGAUAAUAUUACAAUGAAAUUACCGAAAUCGCAUGUUCUAUUUUCAACAACAUUUAAAAAUAAUACAGAUUAUGAACAAGAGUAUAAUUUUCGUACAGAACGUUGUACACGAUCAAUGGCUGAGAUUGAAAUACAAAAAGGUGUUGUAUUAUCAAAAGAAUUAUCGUUGAAAUUGUCA